AUCCAGUCCUGGCCAUAAACGUAGCAGUAUUUGCAGUAUAAGUUGUCAUAACACGGAAACUAAAAUACAAAAAAACACAUAAUGUCAAUUUGAGGAACUAGUGAAGUGAAGAUGCUGUAUGUCAAACUUUAACACUACAGAGCCAAACACGGACUACAAGCGUUGCUCGUGCUAGCUAGUUAGCCGCUAGGCUAAACACGAAGAAAAAUGAAACCCCUCACAUUAGCUCCCUCAAUCUGUCCGUUCACCGACAGAAGAAACACCGAUGGGUUACCGGUGGCCAUUCCAGUUUCAGUUAUUGCAAUUUAAAUGUCACAAGAUGUCUGAAGCGGCUCCUGUUUUCGAAGAUACAUUUAGCUUGCUUGUUGAGCUAGCUAAACGCCUGACUGCUGUUGCUAGGGAGACGCUUGUCACGAGUCCCCACGAGGGGCAAACGGACUACAACUACAAGCAGCGUGAACUGUUAUUACUCACAAUAUCCACAAGAUGGCGGUAGCGUACCGAAUUGAAGAAAGCAGAAAAGUGACCAACAGGAGGACUUCCGAUGAACAGCAAACGUUGACAUAAUGAUGAUGAUCCUCAUUUGAUCAUUUCUACUCCAUCUCCGUGUCUCUAUCAGCUUCCCUUUUAAAGAGCACACGUGAUUUCCUGACCCGAGGCCGCCUGAAGCUGCUUGUGGAGGAAUGACCGCGCUCGAGUGCCCUUCACAGAUCCUCCAGAUCCUCCACGGCGCUCUAGCAGCAGAGCAGCCCACGCAGUCUGCGCGCGUCUCCGCUCCACGCUGCGCCAACACACCCAAGAGAGGAUGGACGCACGGAUGGAGGGAUGCGCGUAGAUGUUCCACCACAGGAAGACCGCUCCGAGCGCUUCUUCGUGUGCUCGCUUCGUGAGAUGAGCUUCCAUCUCCCGGCAGCAGAAGCAGGACCUUAGUGGACCGAGUGGGCAGCAGAACCACAGCAGAACCGCCACGGCACCGCGUUGCUGGGGGAAGGCUGGGCGCGCUGGGAAGAAGCAAAGUCGCGGAUCAUGCUCAUGGGAACUUCCUCUUCCGUCUCCUUCAGAGUGGCUCGGCCUGAUGCUCUAUCAUGACUGAUGGCGAGGGGAGAGCGCACCUUCAGUAUGCAGAUAGCCUGGAGGGGCAGGAGCAGGAGGAGGUCCUGGAGGAGGUGAGGCUGGCUAUACUCAAGUCCUACCAGAACGACGCCCCGGGCCUGGAUGGAGACCCGGGAGCCCUCGGUGAUGAGGAGCGCCUGGGUAGGAGAAGGAGGAGGAGGAGGGACGGCGAACUGGGGGAGGAUGAAGUUCAACAGGAAGUGCAGGAAGCCGAGCUGGAAGUGGAUAUUGGACCGACUCUGGGGGUUCGCAUCGUGGCUCCCAUACGUGAUCCGGACUGUGUCUCUGAGGAGUCGGAGCAGCAGCCGUACCCGGCCCUGGCCCCCGUGGCCUUCUUCUGCUUGAAGCAGACCACACGGCCUCGCAACUGGUGUCUCCGCGUCGUGUGCAACCCGUGGUUCGAGCACGUGUCCAUGCUGGUGAUCCUCCUCAACUGCGUCACCCUGGGGAUGUUCCAGCCGUGUGAGGACGUCAACUGCCUGUCGGAGUGGUGUCGCAUUCUCCAGGUUUUGGAUGACUGUAUAUUUGCCUUCUUUGCGGUGGAAAUGAUCAUCAAGAUGGUGGCCCUGGGGAUUUUUGGCAGCAACUGUUACCUUGGCGACAAGUGGAACCAGCUGGACUUUGUCAUCGUCAUGGCGGGGGUGUUGGAGUACUCUCUGGAUGGACAGAAUGCCAGUUUCUCGGCCAUCCGUACUGUUCGAGUCCUCAGGCCUUUGCGGGCCAUCAACAGAGUACCAAGUAUGAGGAUUUUGGUGACACUCCUACUGGACACCCUUCCCAUGCUGGGAAACGUCCUCCUUCUCUGCUUCUUUGUUUUUUUCAUCUUCGGGAUUGUGGGAGUCCAGCUGUGGGCGGGGCUUCUGAGAAACCGCUGCUUUCUAGGGGAGGACAUCAGAAAGACCUACAACUUGUCCAUCAGUCCGUACUACAUGUCGGAGGACGGUGAAGACAGCCCCUUCAUCUGCUCGGCAGCUCGUGAGAACGGGAUGUUGCGAUGUCACAACGUCCCGCCCUCCACCGAGGCCAAGACCGAGUGCUCGUUGCCAGCACCUCAGCAAAGUUGGCCCGUCCCCGCAGCCUCCCCCGCGGUGGGAGGGGCCGGCGUAAACGGAUGUGUUAAUUGGAACCAGUACUACAACGAGUGUCGCCCCGGGGAGCUCAACCCUCACAAAGGAGCUGUCAAUUUCGACAACAUCGGAUACGCGUGGAUUGCUAUUUUCCAGGUCAUCACACUGGAAGGAUGGGUGGAUAUCAUGUACUAUGUCAUGGAUGCUCAUUCAUUCUACAAUUUUAUAUAUUUUAUACUGCUCAUCAUUGUGGGCUCUUUCUUCAUGAUCAACUUGUGCCUGGUGGUCAUCGCCACCCAGUUCUCCGAGACCAAGCAACGUGAGAACGCCCUGAUGAGGGAGCAGCGUGCUCGCUACAUGUCCAACGAUUCCACGCUGGCCAGCUACAGCGAGCCGGGCUCGUGCUACGAGGAGAUGCUACGCUACAUCAGCCAUCUUUACCGCAAGUUCUCCCGCAGGCUGCAGAGGAUGUACUCCGGAUGGCACAGUAAACGUCGUAAAAAGGUGAACCCUAACGGCGGCGGUGCAGGAAGUAACGGCGGAGGCAACGGACACGGCCACGGCUCCAGCAGAGGCCCGGGUAGCGCUUUGUGGUUGAGACCGAUCCACAACCUCUUGCAACAUCAUCAGCACCACCACUGCAAGCUCACCAACGGGGGCCAGCACGCCAUCGCCGUGACCAGCACGGAGCACUUGGACGGAGGCGGCGGCGGCGGCGUCGGAGGAGGCGUGGAACUGGAGAUGAAGUCGCUUCCCGUGGCCAAAAGAAGUCCGAAUGGGAGUAGCGGCCAGUCAGCUGUCACCCAAGGCAUGGGGGUCACCCAAGGCAUGGGGGUCACCCAAGGCAUGGGGGUCACCCAAGGCAUGGGGGCCCUGCUCCGUAGACUGAAUGGAGGGAUGAACUACCCCACCAUCCUGCCGUCGUUCGUGUGCAGCUACAGCAGCAAGACGCCGCCGCCUCACUCUCAGCAGGGGGGCGGCAGUCCAGAUCAGCAUCCGCCGCACCACCCGACGUCGGAGCACAGCGACAAAUUGAACAAGCUGUACCAGCUCGUAGGACAGCACAGUCACCAGAGUGUGCUGUACCAGCUGGCGGGCGUGGUGCCCAGUCCCCUGCUCCUGGAACUGCUGAGCUGCCCUCUCUGUGCCCGCAGCCUGGAGACCUUGGAGCUGGACUUGGGCGAUCUGGAGGGCGGCAAGGGAGACGCAGAUGGACUGCAUGACUUCCCCCAGGGGGUGGACCUGAGAUGCGGGCGAGGCCGUGGCAGGCGGCGAGGGGGUGUGGAGUACAAGACCGGGGCACUUCAGGCGUGGAUGAAGUUUCGUGAAAAACUGAAGAGGAUAGUGGAGAGUAAAUACUUCAACAGAGGCAUCAUGAUCGCCAUCCUGGUCAACACUCUCAGUAUGGGCAUUGAGUACCACGAGCAGCCGGAGGAGCUGACCGACGUGCUGGAGAUCAGCAACAUCGUCUUCACCAGCAUGUUCGUUUUGGAGAUGGGCUUCAUGCUGCUGGCGUUCGGCCUGUUUGGGUACAUCAGGAACCCGUACAACAUCUUUGACAGCAUCAUCGUCAUAAUCAGCGUGUGGGAGAUCAUCGGUCAAGCUGAUGGCGGCUUGUCCGUGCUGCGUACGUUCCGUCUUCUUCGGGUUCUGAAGUUGGUGCGCUUCCUUCCGGCGCUGCGGAGACAGCUUGUGGUACUGAUGAAGACGAUGGACAACGUGGCGACCUUCUGCAUGCUUCUGAUGCUUUUCAUCUUCACGUUCAGCAUACUGGGCAUGCAUCUCUUUGGGUGUAAGUUCAGUAUUCAGACGGAUAAUGGAGACACCAUUUCUGACCGCAAGAACUUUGACACUCUUCUGUGGGCCAUCGUCACCGUAUUUCAGAUUCUAACCCAGGAGGACUGGAACGUGGUCUUGUACAACGGCAUGGCGUCCACGUCCCCGUGGGCGGCGCUCUACUUUGUGGCCCUGAUGACCUUCGGAAACUACGUGCUCUUCAACUUGCUGGUGGCCAUCUUGGUGGAGGGCUUCCAGGCUGAGGGUGACGCAAAUCGUUCUGAGUCAGACGACGAGAAGAAGUCGGACAACUUCGAGGAGGACGACAAGGUGGAACAGCUCCGAGACAGCGAGCUGAAGAUGUACACCCUGAUGAUGACGGCCAACGGUCACGUGGACCCUCGUGCUUCCAUGGCUCCUCCCAUAAUCAUGCGGACGGCAGCCACACCCAUGCCCACUCCCAAGAGCUCCCUGGGCCCGGAGUCCUACCUGGGGGACGAGGUCGGGGCCAGGGACGGGGCGCUGAACGAUGGAGAUGUUGGGCUUUCCGAGGCAGGGACCGUUCUUGUGGAUUCUCGCCGUGGGAGCUCCGCCUCCAUGGAUGCGUUAGCGUGUGACCAGCGAUCUCUGAGCUAUUCCAGUCCCGGCCGCCGUUCCCCCCUCCCUCCCCGUGGAUCCAGCUCGUGGGGAAGCCGGCGUUCCAGCUGGAAUAGUCUGAGCCGAGCCCCGAGCCUGAAAAGACGAGACACCACCGGCGAAAGGGAGAGCCUGCUGUCCGGGGAGCGAGGAGAGGACGAGGACGGCGAGGACGACAGACGGGACGACGGCGGCGGUUACGACAACAGACUCCGCCCGGGAUCCUUGGAGCUGCUGCAGGCAUCCACCCUCUGCCCGUCCCUCAUGGUUCCACACGGUGACUGCAAUGGGCGGAGCUUGACCUACGAGGCCAACGUGAACGCUGACUCCAAGGAUGAUUCCCUUCCCGAAGACGACAUGGAUGACGACAGUUCUGUUUGCUACGUGAUCAAGAAGGAGCUGUGCAGCAUGAAGCCUCGCUGGUGCAAGGAGCACGAAGACUGGACCUUGUACCUGUUCUCUCCAGGCAACCCAUUCCGUGUGUGGUGCCAAAGUGUCAGCUCUCACAAAUUGUUCGACCACGUGGUCUUGGUUUUCAUCUUCCUCAACUGCAUCACCAUCGCUCUGGAAAGACCCAAUAUCCAACCCAACAGCACGGAGCGAGUGUUCCUCCGAGUGUCCAACUACGUGUUCACUGUGAUCUUCCUGGCGGAGAUGGCCAUCAAGGUGGUUGCACUCGGGUUCUGCUUCGGGAAGCAGAGCUAUCUCCAGUCCAGCUGGAACGUUCUGGAUGGUGUGUUGGUGUUUGUGUCCCUGGUGGACAUCCUUGUCUCGCUGGCUUAUUCCGGUGGCAACCGGAUCCUGGGCAUCCUCAGGGUCUUGCGACUGCUGCGCACGCUGCGCCCCCUCAGGGUGAUCAGUCGAGCGCCAGGAUUGAAGUUGGUAGUGGAGACUCUCAUCACUUCCCUUCGACCCAUCGGCAACAUUGUCCUCAUCUGCUGCGCUUUCUUCAUCGUGUUUGGGAUCUUGGGGGUGCAGCUAUUCAAAGGGAAAUUCUACCACUGUGAAGGCCUGGACACCAAAAACAUCACCAAUAAGUCCGACUGCCUGCAGGCCAACUACAGUUGGAUCCGAAGGAAGUACAACUUUGACAACCUCAUUCAGGCACUGAUGUCUUUGUUUGUGCUGUCCUGCAAGGAUGGGUGGGUCAAUAUCAUGUACGAUGGCCUGGAUGCCGUGGGGGUGGACCAACAGCCCGUGAGGAACCACAAUCCUUGGAUGUUGCUCUACUUCAUCUCCUUUCUGCUCAUCGUCAGCUUCUUCGUCCUCAACAUGUUUGUCGGCGUGGUGGUGGAGAACUUCCACAAGUGCCGACAGGACCAGGAGGAGGAGGAGGCUCGUCUGCGGGAGGAGAAGAGGCUGAAAAUCAUCGAAAAAAAGCGCAGGAGUAAGGCCAACGGAGGGGCUGAGGCCAAACAGAGGCCCUACUAUGCCGACUACUCCACCCCGCGUCUGACCAUCCACACACUGUGCACCAGCCACUACCUGGACCUCUUCAUCACCUUCAUCAUCUGCAUCAACGUCUUCACCAUGAGCAUCGAACACUACAACCAGCCGCAGUAUUUGGAGGAGGUUCUCAAGUACUGUAACUACGUGUUUACCUUCAUCUUCGUCAUCGAGGCCCUGCUUAAACUCGUGGCGUUCGGGAUUCAGCGCUUCUUCAAAGACAGGUGGAACCAGCUGGACAUCGCGAUCGUGGCGUUGUCCAUCAUGGGCAUCAUCCUGGAGGAGCUGAAAAUGAGUGCGGCUCUUCCCAUAAAUCCCACCAUCAUCCGGAUUAUGAGAGUCCUCAGGAUUGCGCGAGUACUGAAGCUCCUGAAGAUGGCCACGGGCAUGAGAUCUCUGCUGGACACGGUCAUGCAGGCGCUGCCACAGGUGGGAAAUCUUGGUCUCCUCUUCAUGCUGCUCUUUUUCAUCUACGCCGCCCUGGGAGUGGAGCUCUUUGGCAAGCUGGAGUGCAAUGACAGCAACCCCUGUGAGGGCCUGAGUCGUCACGCUACCUUUGCGAAUUUUGGGAUGGCCUUCCUGACGCUGUUUCGAGUGUCCACUGGAGACAACUGGAAUGGGAUUAUGAAAGACACCCUGCGAGAGUGUCGCCCAGAGGACCGCCUCUGCCUCUCCUACCUGCCUUGGGUCUCUCCGAUUUACUUUGUCACCUUCGUGCUCAUGGCCCAGUUUGUUCUGGUCAACGUGGUGGUGGCCGUGCUGAUGAAACAUCUGGAGGAGAGCAACAAGGAGGCGAAAGAGGAUGCGGAAAUGGAUGCGGAAAUUGCCAUGGAGAUGGCAAUGGAGAAGCAACGGAGAUUGAGCACCACUUCCAGUAACAGCUCCGGGGCGGGGACCUUUGUUGGGCCAUGUCCACAGUCACCUGUCCAGGAGGAAAUGGUGCAGUGCAGCGAGGAGGACGCCCAGCAGGCAUCUGAGAAGAUGUCCGUGUCCAGGAUGCACUCCCUGCCCAAUGACAGCUACAUGUUCCGACCUGUGCGGCCCGCCAGCGCUCCUUACCCCCUGGAGGAAGACGUUGGCACUCAGGACCAGCAUUCAGGCUCGCUGACGUCCGUCCGCUCCCAGCCGUGCGAGAGUCGUGCUCUGCUGCGGGUCCCCGACGCUUCCCCCGUUCAUCCUUCCGUCAACCUGCCCCGCAUCGCCCCGCCCACACCCGGCCCCUCUCCUCGGGCCCCGCGUAGACAGGUGAAAGCGGAUUCCGUGGAAGUCCAAAGUUGCGAGCCACUGGAGAGGCCUGCUCAUCUACCUCCGCCAUCCCCUUCCUCACUUCCUGCUCUAAACCCCUCCCCUUCCUCCCUGCCUCUUCCCUCCCCCGCCUCCCCCUCAGCUCACUCCCUCCCGCCCUGCUCCCCUUGUCCGUUUCCACUCCCUCCCCUCUCUCCCGCUCCUCUCCCUUCUUUACACUCCUCCCCUGUUUCCCUCCCGCCUCCCUCACCCUCGCUCCUUCUGCCGCCGCCUCGCUCCCCGCGCCACCUCUUGCGCACCGGCAGCCUCCACAGGCCGAGACCACCCUCUUCCGCCUCCCUCUUUGACCCCACAGACGAGGAGGUGUGCCACAUCACCAGCUUGGCCCGCCACCGCCAGUGUGGCCGAGCGGGAGAGAGAGAGGACGCCAGAGGGCAGGCGCUCCGUAGCCACUCCCUUUCCCCUUAUGGUGACUCCGCCUCUUCGCCGCCUCCUCCGAUAUCGCUCAGGUCCUCCUCGAGGAGCCUGCUCGGGGCCGAGCUGAAGGACCGGGACUUUAGGAAGGGCUUCAGCGUGGACCCCCAGCUCAAGCCGUCCCUGCUGUCUGCCGGUUACUCGGACGAGCAUCGGCGCCACUCCAUCGAGGUGUGCCUCCCCCAAGAUGGCCGCAGCGGCGACGACACACACUUUAAGGAGAAGGGCGGUUUCCCCAUGAGGGUGCAGUCAGUCGGGGGCGGACACCGGAAGAAGAAGACCAGCCCCCCCUGCAUAUCCAUCCACCCCCCUUCCGAGAGGGAGCCCCCGCCCUCCCCCCCGAAACUGGCCAACUGCAGCAUGACGCUGAGGCGGAGGACGCCAUCUUAUGACUUGAGCGCGCACACACAGGAGGGCGGCGCGGACGCGCGCACGCACUCGCCGGCGCACAGGGCGCUCGUCCCGCUACAGACGCCCCCUCCGACAUCCCCCCCCACGCGCACGUACACCCCCCCAUACCCGGCAACACCCACGCACCCGCCCGUCCCGAUCAGCCCGAACAUCUUCAUCCAGCCUCACGCGCCCCUCCUCCCCACGCCCUUCUCGCAGACACGCCCCCUGUCGCCAGCCGCAAGGCACGCCCCCCUCCCGAGGGAAUGCAUCCCCCUCCCCCAGUUCACCUUCGACCAGCCCCAGUCCAGAUUCCUAUCAGACAAUGACCCGGCAACGUGCGCUUCUCCGUUUGACGGCAGACUGGGAAGCGGGGCCGGAUUCAGCGCCAAGAACCGGAGAACCGCCCAGUGAGCAUCAGGACCAGGAAGUGGAUUUAGGCUCCCAAAGUCUCCCAGACUGGACUCAGGAGCGCUGACCUGUCUGGUAGACGGCUUCUGACCCCCAGACAGACAUCGGUACGGUCCAAGCCCCCGUGGCGGUGCAACCGGGUGCCCCCGCCGGUUUGGGACUCACCAGGACUAAAGCCACCUAACUCUGUAGCCAAAGGUUUUUUGACACCGUCUGCACCCACGCCAGCCAAUCAGGAAGCAGCGUCUGGCUGCCAACCUCUGACCUUCCCAGGAAGCGCUUUAUGGCGUGCAAGCGUGGGGCGGGACCGUGGGAUAUGCAACUUCAGGUUUUCUACAGAAGUUCCGCUCGCCCCCCCCCAAACCCCCCACCCCCCUACCCCCUGCUCCUCGAUCACAUUGAUCCCAGCAGGUUUGCGUGCGUGAACGAGUGAGCGUUUCUACGUUUUCCUACGUCUGUCGGCCAUGUUUUCUUACGCCUGCGGUGACGGCGAGGGGGGGGGCGGCACGGCGCUGUAGUCUGUGUUUGUGUGUGUGUCUGUGCCGUGUAAAUAAAGGAAAUACUUUAUUUGCUCAGAUGAAAAUAGCUCUAUCCAUAUGCACAUAUUUUUAUAGACCUAAAAAAAACGUUUUUUGCACACAAAUGUCAAUUUCAGCUUGUUUCUCCUGGGUUGUCCUCCUGUGAAUGUCCACUUCCCUUCCAAGCCCGGACAGGCGAGGAGUGAAGGAGAUCAGGUCUCCUGCACGCCAAGUGGAGGACUGCUUUUAUUUUUCUAUCGGAAAGACGGAAGAAAGCGAUGUGUGUGAUGGUUGUGUCGCUGUGAUGUUGUCUCACGUAUUUGGUGUCUUGUUCCUCUGGGCAGGAGGGGGCUCAGUGAUGCUAACCCAGUGAUCGUGCGUGAUGAUGAUCUUGUUCACGUGGAGGUCCAUGUGCUCCAGUAAUGCGGUGGAACCUCUAAGGUGGAAGAAGCAAUGCGUUCUGGGACGCUCGUUCAAUGUUUGGAUUUAGAGUCCGUUUCCCCACAGGAAGUAACAAAAAUAGAAAUAAUCAGCUUUAGGUUAAUAAGCGUACAGGCGUUGUUAAAGUGUAAAAAGAAGUUAGACCAAAAAUCGUAUACUCUCCUGUGGAUAUUUCUUCAUGGAACUGUAUUAUAAAUGUAUUUUCUGCGCGCCGAAUUUGCACAUUUCCUGAGCAAAUACAGGGCAGCAACCAAAGAUGAGCCCACUAUGGAUCGCCCCCCCUCCCCCCCACAGUUUCUGUUUGUCAACAUAAUAUAAUUACCAUUACAAUACAUUACAAUACAUACCUUUAAUGUAAAUGUGACAUUGUUAUUCUUGCUAAUGGACUAGUCUAAUACACAGAACUGCAUACGUAGAGUUGCUUGCAGUACCAGCUUCUUCCUGAAGGGUGGGGGCAUGCGUGAGCUGGAAGGUGCUUGUCACUGCCGUCCUUCCAUAGACUGGAAAAGCCUAUGUCAAAAAAGGCAAAUGACAAUUAUAUUAUAAGAUUUUUUUGUGUCAUAUAAGAAAUCAAUCUCCAUCAUAAUUAAACUAGAUAAGCACCCCCAAAUUAUUGUGAUUCAGACCGAAAUAAUAAUCCUACAUUUUUGUAGAACCUGUAGAAACUGGUCCUGUAUAUUUUUCCAAGUACUCUGACCGUCUUAUGUAGAGUUCUAUGUACAAAUGAAAGUGAAAGUGGUCCUAUCUGGCUAUUUUAAAGUAGCCUUUAAAAACAUAAACAACAUAUGCAGAUACUACUGAAUAAUAUGUCUUUGUGGGCUGUAAUACUGCAGGAACUAUGUUUUAGUGGCAGGGAAGUCCUGUGUGAGUAUUUUGUCCAAUCUUGCGUCCUGCGUAGGAACAUUUGGUGUGUGCAUCACUGAGCCUCUGCUGGGUUGGCCGGGACGCCUCUUAAGUGUUUGUGUACGUCUAAAGACAAGCCAACUAGCUUACUUACUCCAUAUGUGUAGCCAGAGUGCAAUAAUAUUACUACAGUAUGUACAUGUGGAAAUGAUAGUAUUCCACGCUACGAGCAUCCUCUUAUGUUCAUCCAUGCUGUAGGAGCUGAAACAUGAACAUGUUUUUACGUAAGGAUGGACCUGUUUUGAUGGACCUGUUUUGAUGGACCUGUUUUGAUAGACGACUCCUGCAUGGCCGGUGGCUCCUUGGAGAGCCACUCCGUUGGAUCUUCAUCCGAGCUCCCGUUUCUGGACAUUUCCAUUUUUGAAAUAUUGUAACAACGAUGGUAAUCUGUCCCUUUUGCUUCACUUCUCCAUCAAGUGUAAGAAAGGUUCAUUUGUGCCAUGAGCAGUGCUUCUCAAAUAGUCAGGCCGCCCACCCCACGAGGGGCAUGACAGGCGGGUCGGGGGUGAGGCCUGCUGGCGGGCCGCCCGAUUCAUCCCAUGUUGUCCAUAUCACAGCAUGGGGAUUGCCUUUUAGAGGAACAAGGCAGGGAGUUUCCGACACAUUCACUUCCUACAGCGUACGCAUUCAAAGUGAAGUGUUUUGUUGCGCGUUUGCUCUUUACAGUCGCCACAUUGUGAUUCAAAUUUUUUUCCAUUAUUAUUAUUUUUUAAAUACAAGUAUUUGUGGCCUGAAUAAAGCAUUCCAAGCAUAAACAUGACUAACUCAGCUCAAAUGGAAAAUUCGACGAUACUGGGUACUACCAGAGUAACGCAUAGGGGACUAUAGGGGUGUUACUUCAUGUCCAGAGGGCUCUAAUUGUGUUAAAAAGCGGUGAUCAGAUGGUCAUGUUUUUUAUGCUUUAACUGAAAAAUAUCCCGGGCGGCACGUUGGUGGAGUGGUUAGCGCGCAGACCUCACGGCUAGGAGACCAACGUUCAAUUCCACCCUCGGCCAUCUCUGUGUGGAGUUUGUGGGGUUUCUCCGGUUUCCUCCCACAUUCCAAAAACAUGCUAGGUUAAUUGGCCGCUCCAAAUUGUCCAUAGGUAUGAAUGUGAGUGUGAAUGGUUGUUUGUCUAUAUGUGCCCCGUGAUUGGCUGGCCACCAGUCCAGGGUGGAGCCCGCCUCUCGGCCAAAGACAGCUGGGAUAGGCUCCAGCACCCCCUGCGACCCUCGUGAGGAAAAAGCGGUAGAAAAUGAAUGAAUGGAAAAUAUCCCAUUUGUGAAUUAGGAAUCCUACUUAGCGAAAAUUCACACGACACAAUCGGGUCCGCUAAAGGGGGGCGAGUCGGUAUAAAAACACGUGACAGAGACAACAACAAUUUGUCGCAUUUUCAUCAUCUGUCAUGUGGCUCGUUGCACAAAUGGACCUUCGUGGAAAUACACGGCCUUUCCAAACGUAGACAAUUUAGCCACAAUCCGUUUCACUUGUUUUUCCAUGCAUUUAUGAGGAGAUGAUGACGUUUGAACUCCACCCCCCCCCACCCCCCCCCCCAGCUCUUUUUCCUAACACUCAUUUAUUUCUAAAGCGGAUCAGAAAUGGAGUUGGAAAAGAUGCUGAUGCUGCUUCUGAUGGAUUCUUUGUACGGACCCGUCUUUCCUUUGGUUUCCAUGUCCUCUCCUUACACAGGUUGUGCUGUAUGGGGGGGG